AUGGGUCUAUUAUUAUCAUGGUUUAAUUUUCUUGUCUACAUUCGAUGUAUACCAAUAAUUGGUAUAUAUGUUGUAAUGCUAGAAGUUAUUUCAAAAAAAUUUGUACGUUUUCUACCGGUUCUUCUUGUAAUUAUAAGUGGUUUUGGUUUUACAUAUUAUGCUUUACUUCAAAAUCAAGAAGUUUAUUCAACACCAGUAUUAUCAUUAAUUAAAACAAGUUUAAUUAUGUUCGAAAUGAAUUUUGAUGAUAGAAUCUAUAAACAAUCUGAAGGUGGUAUAAAUUAUUAUCUAGCUACAUUUCUACUUUUUAUUCUUACUGGUUAUGUCAUGAGUGUAUUUGUUAUUAAUUUAUUAAUUGGUUUGGCUGUUGGUGAAAUUCCAACAUUAGUUCAACAAGGUACACUUCUUCAAAGUCGUAUUUAUUAUGAUACAUUAUCUGAUUAUGAAAUACUUCGUUUACAAAUACGUUCCGUAAUACUAUGGAUAUUAUCACAUACAUGUUGUUGUUGUUCAUCAUCAUUUAGACAUAAAUUAUAUCGUCUUGUUGAUCGAUCAUUUUUACAUCAACAUCCUAUUUUAUUUCAAACAAAAGAUCGAAAAGAAAAUAAUGUACUAGAACGUAUUGGUCAAUAUCUAAAAAAGAAUGUUUUAAAUGAACAAAUACAAGAAAGUGUUGAUGAAGAAGUUAAACAACAAUUUGAAAAAAGAAAAAAAACAAAAGGUCAACGAGCUGAUAAUGAUGAACAGCAAGAACAAAAAGAAUUAGCUAAUUUAAAAAGUAAAAAAGGACCUAAAUCAUAA